UUAGCCGCAGAAGAGUGAAGACUACUGAGGGUUCCCAGCUGAAACUAAUUUAAAGGUUAUUCGUAAACCAUUCAGUGGUGUUAAGGUUAGUUUAUAACAAUAGCAAAAUGCCCGUUGAUUGUUCUCGACUACAAGUUAUUCAGAAGCAUUUGGAAAGCAAUCAGAAGGUACCGUCUGUGAGCCUAUCAAACGUAAACAUGUCUGGCAAUCCCCUGACAUGCCAUGUGUUAAAUACUGCUACAGGAAAGCCAGCAGCCAAUAUGAAGAUUACUCUCCACUGUUUAUAUGAUGGUAACUGGCAGAAAGUGGCAGACAAAGUUACAAACAGUGAUGGCCGUACCGGACAGUUUCUUACACAAGAAGCCUUCACCCAAGGAACCUAUAAGAUGUUCUUUGAUACUGGAGAUUAUUUCAAGCAGUUAGGAACCAGUGGAUUUUACCCUUAUGUUGAAAUUGUGUUCAUUAUUGAGAAGCCUGAAGAGCAUUACCACAUACCUCUCCUCCUUAGUCCUUAUGGUUAUACUACUUAUCGUGGCAGCUAGGUACAGUAUGUCGGUAACCAGAAACUAGUUCUUCACUACUAAAUGACUUCUGGUAAAUCAUAAUCACUUGAUUGAAUUUUGAAUAACCAUAUCUUUGUAAAAAAAUUAAUUGUACUCUAUUAGAACUCACAGCUUUGACACUAGAGUACUGAAAGAAUGAGAAACUUCAUAUUUUACUGAGAAAAAGAUUCUGUUGAUUAUUCAGCUCUUGUUUCACAAACAUAAAUCAUCUGGCUUAUGUUUUUCUUUAUGAACAAACUUUAGCUUCUAAGUUUGCUUGUUGGUUUAUUGCCAGUUUGUUAUCACUCAGUGAUAGUUUGCUUAUACUAUAA